UUGCUGCAUGUGAGUUCCUGGUGCACAUGACAUUGCAAGUGUUUCGCCGGAGCACCAUGGAGCUGCGGCCUUUAUCGCAGCUCGCUGUCUUACUGCUGCUACUCGUAGCUCAGUCAGCCUGCACUGUCAGGUUCGAAAUCGUGGAAAACACUGAAGCAGACGAGACGAUAGGGCAACUGAACUUCACAGAACAAGAUAUCACAGUUUUACCAUGCCCCAAUCUCGUCACGGUAGUUGGCAAUGUCCUAAAAACGGCAGUAAAAUUUGAUCGGGAAGAGAUCAUACAACUCAACGAAACUAGAGAUAACAUCCUACACUGCACUGCACAACUCCCCGGAAGUGUCGAAGACAUUCUGAUAACAGUUUUGGAUGUGAACGACAACGUGCCGCGCUUUAGCGAACUGGAACCAGUCCAUGUACUGAACGUUACAGAGAAUUUCAACAUUCCAAACCCCAUUCAGCGGUUGGAACCACAUGAUCUCGACAACGGUCCAAAUGGCACCGUUGAUUUUCACAUAACAGCGGGAAAUGAAGAACACUUUUUCUACAUCGGACCACCACUCGAGUACGAAGGGCCUGACACCAAUCGCUUGGAAUUGUUUUUCAAUCGCUCCGUUGACCAUGAAAUGCACAAAAUAUUCAACCUUAGCAUAUCGUUAAGUGAUCACGGAACACCGCAACUGAGCUCCACUCAGAUUAUUAUUGUCGACAUAAAUGACCUCAAUGACGAAAACCCUAUUUUUAUCAUGUCAGUGUUUACCUUUGAUGUGGAAGAAAACCACACUUUUGGACCUGAAAACCCAUUUGGAAAAGUAAUGGCAGUCGACGAAGACUCAAUACCUAGCACCAUGGAGUUUUCCCUUAUAAACGAGAACUUCUCACCGACAGAUGUGUUCGAUUACGUAGGAUUAAACGGUGAAACAGGCGAGCUGUAUUUAAUGACCACGAUUGAUUAUGAGGCUGAUACAUCAUUACGUCAUUUUCAAUUCUCAGUCCAAGUACACGAGGAAGGAAUGGAAGCCAAAGUGGACAUUGCCAGGGUUGUCAUAAAUAUAAAAGAUGUCAAUGAAGACAGCCCUGAGAUUUAUGUCCAUAUCCAUGAAAAUUCCAUCCAAGAAAACCUGAAAGACUUUAAAAUUUUAUUAUUAAGAGCAACUGAUAAAGAUGGAGUCAAUGAGCCCAUUGUACAAGUUUAUCCACCUGUUUCAUUCUCAUCUCGUACAGUCAAUCAACUUACAUCAAUCACAAUCAAUGAAUCUUUGGACCGGGAAGUGCUGGACUACGCAGUAUUCAACAUCACUGUGUAUGAUCAAGGCCAACCUUCAUUGGCAUCAAAAUUAACGGUGGAAUUGUUUGUUCUGGAUGAGAAUGACAACCCACCGACAUUCACAGAGGUCGAGUAUAAUUUCAUCACUGUCGAAAACGUUCCCUUGGAUCAUGUCGUAGCCAAAGUUGAAGCAAAAGACCCUGAUGCUGGCGAAAAUGGUUCCGUAUCUUACACCAUUACAGGAGUGACUCCUGCAAUAGCCGAGAAAUGGUUUUCUGUAGAUUCCACCACAGGAGAUAUUAGUGUCAAGGCUACCAUGAACUACACCCUAGCCAGCAGCGUCACUAUAACCAUAAAGGCAGAGGAUAAUGGAACAGUCAAGAAUUACUCCACCAAUGCCACUACUACAACUGUACAUAUCACGAUCUCUCCAUCAAUUACAUUCAAGCCUUGGUCAUACCAAGAGCAUUGCAUCCCCAAAACCCAGGACACUUUGACAAAAAUCUAUUUGGAGUUUCGGACAACAGAAAAGAACGGCCUUCUACUCUAUGAACAAUCACUACAGGGAGAAAGCUUCAUGCUCAAAAUCCACGAGGGACAGAUACUAGCUGUUACUCAGAACAUUAUUCAGAGCAGAUUCGAUGAAUUUGAUGUAUCCACCAAUCUGUGGAUAUCAGUCCUGUAUGACUUCAGAGAGAAAACACUGAAUGUCUCUCACUCUGAAGAAGCGGAUCUAAAAGCUACUCUUGGGACACAUGAAACAGCCAGGUGUGACGACACGACCGAUUCAACCUCGCAAACAUUCUAUGUCGGAGGCAUCGAUGCUUUCUCCCACUUGCAGAAUGCGAGCAAGUACGGAAGUUUUGUUGGGGUGAUAAGAAACCUUUUCAUUGGCUCCGUACUAGUCGAUCUUGCCUCGCCAGUCCGGGGAGAAAACACCGUCCAUGGAGUGCUGUUCACCUCUCAGCCAAAAUGUGGAGGAUCAGAAAUGACCUGCAGUGGGCCUCACCACAGUGGGUGCCUCGACUAUGACUUUGAGAGUCACUGCAUCUGCUCCGGAGGAUUCAACUCGCACACUUGCGCCACCGAAGAGAAUUAUGCACCUAUCCAGCUAUCCAGCUCUUCUAAGGUGAAGGUAGCGGUUGACUAUGCACUGUUUGUGGAUAUACUGCAGCGGUCUGGGCUUGUCAACCCAACCAACAACCUUCCAGUCACCACAACCAACUCCGGUAGAAGGCGCCGACGCUCACUGACAAACACCUCCAACUACCAGCUGGUGGAGUUUCAGUUUAGGCUUCUUAGAGAAAGUACUGGAACACUCCUCUAUUCCAAAACUGGCUCCUCGAUACAUAACCUUGAGAUCACCCGAGAUUCAUCGCAGCAAUCGAUACGCUACACAGUAUCCGAUGCGAACUCUCAAUCCCAAGGGGUACACGUGCACAUCGCGAAACGUUUCGAAUUUGUUCUGGGAGACCUCUACACGGUAUCCAUAAGCAUGAACACUACACAUGUCCACGUUUCUUUCAACGGAACACACGAAACUGUUGUGUGGAAUACAGUGGCACCAUUCAUUGAAUACCCGUCCACUGAAAUAGGCAUCGGUGGAGCAGAAAACUCAAAGACUGCUUCGAAUUUUACGGGGUGCAUUGCUCAACUAUCGAUAAAUGGGAUCCAGUUUCCACUGAAUGGACUCGUGGAACAGAAUGACUCCAGCAUCCAAAUAGUGGGAGAUAGUAGCAGUCCAAGUGUCAGUACUACCUGCGACUUGUGCCAGCUGGAAAGACCGCUGUGUUCCGAUACGUUUCAGUGUGUCAGCGACAGAAGCGGUGGUUACACCUGCCAAUGCCCUGAAGGGAAAGUACUGAGUGAUGACGAAGAUGAGUGCAUUGAAGCUCCUUCUGUUCAGCAGCCUGCACCUUUAACCCCCCCUGGGGGCAAAGAACUAACUCUUUACUACAUCAUUGGUGGUGCUGUGGGAGCUGUAGUUCUUCUUGCUGUGGUAGUCACUGUUGUUGGCUGCAUCUGCUGCAGACGACGGAAACAGAAGAGCGAGAAGACGUACCAUGUCGGGGGAGACCAACACCUACCACAUUUGAGUGGGGGGACGACACACAAACACUCACGAGGCAACAGCUACACCGAUGUUCUACGCCGACCGAGCAUGUGCACUUCGGAGCCCGGGUUUAGUGUGGUUUCAAGGCACAACCACGACGGCAGCUCGAGCACAACAUGCAACGAUGAGGACACUGAGAGUCACUUACAGCACAUGAUCCGAAGCAAGUCGUCCACCAGCGGGGAGACUGGGUUCCACACGGCGAGCGAGAGAGACGACCAGAGAAGCCUUCCAAGAAUGGAAGACUCGGGAAACGAAAAAGAUACAGACUACUCGCCUUUUGAAACAGAAUCCGAUGAUUCGCAAUCCUACGUUGAGAUGCAGAGCCCUGUCCCCAUGAACAUGCAUCACAGCCACUCCAAAGCAAGGCCAAACCUACAUCUUCAGUGUUUCUCCUCACCUUCAGGCUCAGUUAGACCAGUGUCCAAUAUAGGAGCGCCGCUCACUCCCAAAGAAAAGAAGUUCAUCACACCCAUACGGCCAGACAGCCGCAGCGAGCUGGGCGAAGAGACUGACUUGGACACCGAUUUCUCUUCCACUGUACUCGCGCGACAGACGCCGUUCAGUCGCGGCGGCUACCGCGGUGGCUCCCUAAAGCUUCCCGGGAGACCAGAGAGCGCAAUGUCGGGACACCACCAGUGGUACAAAUCGAGCACGACCUCUGACACUGAACGGGAAAGGAAACGGGCCGAGGGUGGCCAUGCCUACUACCCUCCAAACCCCUACCAGUCUUUCCGUCGCACUCGAGCAACCAGUGCUUCAUCAGCCCAGCAGGCUGAGGCUGACGACCUAGUCAGCCCCCUGCAGAAAUGCUCUUCUCUUACUCCACCGAUCCUACAAGGCCCCUCGAGACCCAAGAGGCACCCCCACAACAUCACUCCCCCAAUUUCCCCUCUCACCAAUUUUGGCCAUCGCCACCACCAACACACCACUUCCCCCCACAUACACCAGAAGGAGAGGGAGCUUUCAAAUGGCAGCAACACUUCUGAGUACUCCUCUGCAGCCAUUCUGUCGAGGUCGCAGCCGUUGAAAAUGCACCACCCGUUCUUCAACAGGCAAUGUUCCGAAUCUCCCCGAGUACCUCCGCAUCUCACAACACGCCGCUACGUGCCUUCGUACAUGCGCAGCUAUAGCGAAGAGAGCACCCACAAAGCAGAGAAGAAAUUCGUUGACCUCGGCUCAGUCCGAACCAAUUGCGACCCAAUCCAAUACUGGGAAGGUCAGACCAGAAUGAUGGCGAAUGUCGACCACCAAGUAGAUGCCUUUCCGGUUCUCUCAGAGUCUUUCACUCAGUAUGAGGAUAGCACUGUUGGAAGUCGGCAGAGUGGGCCCCAGCACCAGUCGUUCGCCAGUCAAGGGGGAGGAGAGGGAACCGCAGAGGUACUUGAUGUUGGGGGGCUGCACGACUGCGACACUGACUCAGUUGCAACCGGAACGACGCUCAAAGGUUCGCAAAACGAGCCGCGGAUUCUCUUUCCAUCGGCCGACUGCUCGGACGAGUAUAGAUGCACUCCUCGAAUGAUGAACAGUGUGCUAAGUCAGAGUGACAGCAAUUUGCUCCAACAUUCCGGCUCAGUCCCUCCCUCACAAGGCAUGUUCGAAGUCUAGUCAACACACUAGCCAUACUUCAAAAACUGCACCAUAAUAUGUACUUUAUAGCACUUACUUCUAUCUUUUCGUGAUAAAUUUCUAUAUGAAUCAUGUACCCGUAUGCCACCAUCAUUCACUUCCACUCAAUAUUGUUAUAAUUAUACCACAAUUUGUCAGUGAUUUUGUAUUAUUUUUUAACAUUUUGCUGUUUGGCCUGUUUUUUUAAAAAUAAAAUUUUUGCAGCAGUGACGUAACCUUCUACAGUGGGGGCAGCAAAUAUCAAAUGUGUAGGCAAGUAAGCU